AUUAGCAUUUUUGCGACACCUUGGUACAUGAGCGGGACCUGAUCAACCCCUCCUUCUAAUCACGUCGCAGCCUGACCGCAAACCCAUUCCGCUGCUCAACGACCGGUGCUUCAGACCAUAUUUCCUUACUGGGUUCGACAACGCACACGCUUGAUACUCAUAAACCAAGCCAUAGGAAUCCUUUACCAUGUCAACUCCCAACUUCGAAGAGGUCGCGAAGCAAUUCGUCGAGUUCUACUACAACCAGUUUGAUUCUGAUCGCAAGGGACUGACCAGCCUCUACCGCGAGCAGUCCAUGCUCACCUUUGAGAGCAGUUCCGUUCUGGGUGCCACCCCCAUCACCGAGAAGCUUUCCUCGUUGCCUUUCGAGAAGGUGAAGCACCAGGUUUCUACUCUUGACUCCCAGCCCACCGUUGAGGGCGGUAUCAUCAUUCUCAUUACCGGCCAACUUCUUGUGGAUGAGGAGCAGCGCCCAUGA